AUGGGUGCCAACAACUUUGUGCUGUUUGAAUCGGCCUCUGGCUAUGCGAUCUUUGAAGUAAUAGAAAACGAGGAAAUUGGCAGCCUCUUGACUGAAGUGCAAGCAUCGGUAGCAGAUAUUUCAUCAUUCGGUCGCAUUGUGAAGCUCAAGGCUUUUCAGCCGUUCACGUCGGCCGAGAACGCUCUCGAGAACAUAAAUAACAUUUCAGAGGGUCUGCUGAGCGAUGACUUAAAAAACUUCCUUGAGAUGAACCUGCCCAAAGUAAAGGCUAGUAAAAAGGGUAAAUUUACUCUUGGCGUGCAGGAUAAGAGCUUGGCCCAGGCAAUCUCAGACGAGCUUAGCGUCUCGUGCAACACGAGCGAGACCACACUCGAGAUCGUCCGCGGUGUGCGCAUGCACUUUGACACUUUUGUAAAGGAGCUGGCACAAGGUAACCUUGCCAAGGCUCAACUUGGUCUUGGUCACUCGUACUCACGUGCCAAGGUCAAAUUUAACGUAAACCGUGCCGACAACAUGAUUAUCCAGGCUAUCGCGCUGCUUGACCAAAUGGACAAGGACAUUAACACAUUUGCCAUGCGUGUACGUGAGUGGUAUUCGUGGCACUUUCCUGAGUUGGUUAAAAUUGUCAACGACAAUUACGUAUACGCGCGUUGCGCCUCAUUCAUCAAGAAUCGGAACUCGCUGAGUGAGGACUCACUUGAAGAACUUGCAAAGAUCGUCCUCGAUGAGGACAAAGCGCAGCAGAUAUUGCAUGCCUCUCGCUCCUCUAUGGGUAUGGACAUGUCAGAGAUCGAUAUGAUCAAUAUCGAUAAUUUUACUUCUCGUCUCGUUAAUCUUGCCGAGUAUCGCCGUCAGCUGCACCAAUAUCUAGUUUCCAAGAUGUCAACUGUAGCCCCGAAUCUUGCCUCACUAAUCGGUGAGUCGGUGGGUGCUCGCCUUAUCUCGCAUGCUGGCUCGUUAACAAAUCUGGCUAAAUGCCCUGCUUCGACUGUGCAAAUUCUUGGUGCUGAAAAGGCCUUAUUUCGUGCUUUAAAAACUCGUGGAAACACUCCCAAAUAUGGUCUUCUAUUUCACUCAACCUUUAUCGGCCGUGCGGCUGCUAAGAACAAGGGUCGUAUAUCUCGCUAUCUUGCAAACAAAUGUGCAAUUGCUUCGCGCAUCGAUUCUUUCAUCGACGAGCCCACCACAAAAUACGGGGACAAGAUGCGCGAGCAAGUCGAGGAGCGGCUUUCAUUUUACGAGAGUGGAGCGCCCCCCCGAAAAAAUGCUGAUGUGAUGCAGGAGGUAUCAGACGAGCUGAAAAAGGAUGCGUUGAUGAUUGAAAAGAAGCCAAAGAAGAACAAGAAAUCAAAAAAACGUCCACUCGAGGACGAAGAUUUAGAAGUGGAGGAAAAGCAGGAACCUUCAGAAAGAAAGUCAAAGAAGGCGAAGAAAAAUAAAAAACAGAAUCAGGCUGAAGAAGAAAAGGAAGCUGCAGUAGCUCCUGCUGUUGACACGGACAAGAAGAAGAAAAAGAAGCACAAGAAGAAAGCCAAACUAGCGGAGUAG